CUGUGAGUAUGCAUUAUAUUUUUAUAGGAAUAUUUUCGCUUAAUCGUUUUGUUUCAAUGAUAUAUCAAAACUAGCUUCAACAAACUUUCAUCGAAACUUUUCAUUUUUUAGAACACGUUGUUUCUUUGCUUUAUCAAACUCAAGAUGAGCGCAUCAAAUGAGAAGAAAGCAAGCCGAAUUCAAAUGUUAGUUCUUAUCAGUACAAAUUGAAGAAUCGAUAUAGAACCUUCAUUUCUUGCUUUUAAUGUAAAUGUGUGUUAGUUGAUGUAUUUCUAAGCACUUUGCAGAUUUUAUAGCCCUCUUCCGUUGAAGGGAACUUUCCAUAAAUUUCUUAUCGAAGUAGUAGGCCUAUCAUGUAUCUAUUUGUGACAGGUAGACUAUCAAAACUGAUGUAGUUCUUGUUUUGUGUAAAUUAUUAUGCUAGUAAUUCAAUCUCAAAAUUUCCUUUGAGCCUUCGAUGUAAGAUUACGACAUUUUAAUUGAACAAUGUACAUUUAACUUUAUUUUUGGACGUUUUGAAUUCUUUGGCAUUAAAGUUUGUAUAAAAUUAUAAAUAUUACUGGCAAAAAAAUGUCUAUGUUUCUUGCGCUUUUCUUUUUUAUUUUAAAGAUAAAUUUCGCUUAGGCCCAAGAUGAGUUGGACAACUGCACAUGAUGUUGCAUUAUGCCGUGAGAUUCUUGUUCUGGAGCCAUAUAGAUUUAAAGUGGGUAGUAGAGAAAGGGGCCAAUGCUGGGAUUAAAUUGCAGAAAAUUUGAGUUCUUUAAGUUACCCAAAGUUUUUUGUGGACCAGAGGGCAGUAAGAGAUAGAUUCUCAAAGUUGGAGAGAUACUUUAGAAAAAGAAUGGCUAGCGAGGAACGAGCAAGUGGGAUAUCCCCAGAAAUGACAGAGCUUGAUGAAGCCCUAGAAAAUAUUAUUGAAAUGAUGGAGGAGGCAGUGAAAACUGGGAGAGGAAUUGAAAAGAAGAGGGAGGAGAAUGAGAAGCAAGUCGCAGAGAAUGUUAGAAAGCGCUCAAUGGAAACAUUAGCAGAGACAGAGAGAGAGAAGCAAGGAACAGGAAAGAGGAAGAAGAGACACUAUUAUGGCUCAGACACAAUUGAGUAUUUGAAAGAAAAAAAUGAAAGGGGGAAGCAUUUUAUGGAAAAGAAAUUGCAGUUGAAAGAAAGAGAACUGGAUGUCAAAGAGAAGGCCUUGAAAAUAAAAGAAAAGGAAGUAGAGGGGAAACUACAAUGUUGCCAAAGGGAGGAAUGGCAAAAUAAUAUGCUGCUGCAGCUUGAGGAGAAAGUCAAUUUUUUGAAUCAACAGCAGCAACAGCAGCAUUUUAUUUUGCAGGAGAUCAAAGAGCAAAAUGCUAAGAUAAUGAAUUUAAUUAAACAAAGCUCUUCAGACUAGUAAUUUUGAGGUAUUUUUUUAAAAACAUUUUAUUGACCAAAAUUUGAAAAUUCAAAUAUUACCCACUCCAAUAAAAGCUUAGAAUUGGUUAAAAAUUGGGUGUCUAUGAAGUACCAUUGGUGUCUCCAUCUUCUUACCAUAUUUUCAGAAGUGCAUGGCUUAAAGUUUGUUGCUCUCAUGGAUUUCUCUAAAAAUGCAAAUGCCUACAAUUAACUUAAAUACUAAGGGUUGAAUCACUGUGGCUUCCAUUUGAAAAUUCCAUUUAUCUGCCAAAAUUUUCUCUUCUAUUAAUGAGCAUGAUUUUUAUAAAAAAAUUUUGCUUUUUAUUGAGAGCAGUAGCUACUUGAGAAAACAUGUUAAUUUACUUAUAUUCUGAACUUUUUCCACAUUACAACUUUCAGCCUUUCAGCCUGUACUUUUUUCCAACAAGAAACAUCAAAAUUUUUUGAAAAUCAUUUGCAAAUAGCAAUGCUCAAACCUUAAUAACAUUGAUUGCAGUAUUUUUUAAAAUUUAAGAUAGUUUACAAUCUAUUGACCUUUGCUGUGUUGUUACUUGUGAAAAUUACUGUGCACAAGGCUGUAAUAAAAGUGCUUGGUACUAUAUCGACAGAGCUUCUUUUGUUUUUGCCUGAAACUAGGAGUUGCAACUUGGAGCUGUCCUCUUCUAAGCACUAAAGUAUGUUAUUAUUUCGAUGAAAUGUGGUCAUGAAAGUUGUCAAAACCGUGUGCAUAACUGAGUUUGAAAUAAUUGGCCAAGUGGUAGUUUUUAAAAAAACUUUUUUGGUUUUAAAUUUGCUGGUCUCCUUUGGCAUAUUUAUAUGAAAUAAUCUCCAAGUGCAGGAGGCUGGAGAUUAAAAUGCUCUGAGGUACUUGAUCCAUACAAGCAGGUAUUGGCAUUACGAAGGAGAGCACUGACAAUGUAGAACUGACCCACAGGACUCAACCCAAUUUUCUGAUUUUUCUUGAAGUCCAUGAAUUUAAAACUAUUGAUGAUAUCACCAAAAAUCCAUUCAACUGACACCCUAACUGUGCUCAUGGACUGAUUGAAUGCAUGCUCUUCUGGUGUCAGGUAAGGGCUUCUAGGAAAUGGGCGUUGUAAAUGAACCCUAUGGGGGUAUGCUGGAUCACCAUACAGACAUAGUGCUUGACCUUCUGGGGAGAAAGAAUACUCUGCCAGUUGAGGUAAAAGCUUCUGAAGCUUCCUCUUAAAAAUGUCUCUUCCUUAAGUUGCCUGUAUUCGAUUGGUAACAUGUUCCAAUAUCUGAAAGUUCUUGGGAAAAAUGAAGUUGAUAUUAGCGCCAAUAUUGAUAAACUGCCGCUGACUUCUCCCUUGAAGCUGUAUUGGUGCCAUUAUGUAGAAUGGAAUGUUAACAGCAAUAUAAUCAUUUACUGCCUGAAGAGGCAUGACCUUGCAGCAUAGCGCCUUUCUUGAAGGGUUGGCCAUUUGAGUUCUUUUAACACAUCAGAGACACUAGAGUGUCAAUCAUAAUCUCAUCCAUAAAUUAUUUCAGACGUCAAGUUAAAGCUUUCCUAUUUGCUCAGGAGCCCAAAGAACAAAUAAUGCAAAAAAUAUCAUCAUGCAUGUCAUUCCAAAAGACCUCGAGGAACAUCAACCAUAUCCUUGUAAAGAUAUAGGAGAUCUGUUCUCUGUGAAAUGCUCACAGACGAAGGUCAACAAUGCAAAAGUUGUCAGUCAGUAGACAAUGAGAGCUCUAUCAUCAAGGCAAUGGGAGCAAGAAAACAAAGAUCUAUGAUACCUGCAAAAACCAAAGCCCCAGUGUCAAAGACAAGUCCUUGGAGAAUAAAGCUCACUUUUCAAGCACAAAGAAUAAAAUGUGCACAGCUUGCAAAAAGAAAUUGUUCAAUAAAGAAGAGCUUUUUCAGUCAAGUUUUCGAGUUGAUGAUGAUUUAAGUAGAGACUUUUUAACAAUUCUUGAUCAAUCAAACACUGAAUGAAACCAACUUUUAUGAAACUGUUUUGGGAACGGCAGAAAAAGCUUUUCUCAGCAAAACCAAAGGGGAUUAGAUACCAUCCUAUGGUUAUCAGGUUUGCCUUUCAUUUUCUGCAAAGUCCCCUGCUUGCUAUGAGGAAUUGAGAAACAGCAAAGUCCUUAUUCUUCCAAGUCAAAGAACCUUACGAGAUUACAAGAAAUUCAUUAAACCAAAGACUGGAUUAAAUGAAGAAGUGAUCUUGGAUCUUGUUGACAAGACCAAGAGUUAUUUUGAUCUUGAAAGGUAUGUUGUGGUACUAAUAGAUGAAAUGAAGAUAAAGGCAAACCUUGUAUUUGACACUGGAAACUUGAUUGGGUUCACAGAUUUAGGAGACCCAGAACUAAAUUAUGGAACAAUUAAAAAAGUUGAUGAACUUGCUUCUCAUGCAAUGGUAUUUCUGCUGCGUGGUGUCUGUACUGAUCUUUGGUAUUCCUUUGCCUCAUUUGGGCCUCAAAGGGUUAGAUGUCAGGAGUUGAAAUUUUCUUGUUGUUCUGGGAGGCUGUCUGCAUCCUGGAAUGCACUUGCAACUUAUGGGUAAUUGCGGUUACAGCAGAUGGGACAGCACCUAACCGGCGCUUCUUCAGUUUGCACAAGAACAUGGAUGGGGAUUCUAAUAAGCCUGUCACCUACUGCACAAGGAAUUUAUAUUCACCUGAACAAUUUACUUUCUUUUUCUCAGAUGCCCCUCAUCUGAUUAAAACAGCACAAAACUGUCUUUAUCAAUCUGGCUCAGGAAAGACAAGGUAUUUAUGCAGGUUGUCCUCGCCCCUAAAACGAACACAAUCUUUGUUUCUGUUUUCCCUUAAAAGGAACAAUCUAUGCGUUUUUAACAUGUCCUCGCUACCAGUGGUUGUGGUUGUCUGUAGUAUUGGAAUGGCGGAUGGAGAGGACUGAAGCUUUGGCAGUAAGAGUCGAGCCAAGAAAGUUUUUCAGAAGCUUAAAAGUUGCUCAAAGAAGCAUUUUAAGAAAAAGAAAAAAUACCAUGUUGUUUGUGACUUCAGACAUCAGUCAACAUUCAGAUAUCAGACGCGGCGGAACCAUAAAGAGAGAGAAGCCUACGCUACAACGAAACAGAGAGGGUACAACACAAACGCAGGUAGACCCUGCGAAUCAGACUGGUUUGAGACAGAAGGUGAUGUUGCAGUUUUAUUGUAUUUACCUUUUCUAAACGACCUGCUGAGAGCACUCUCAAGGUCAUAAAAAUUGUAAUACCAAACAUGGGUACCACCCGUUCUAAUGGAUGUAGCUCAUUGUAUUCACUAGAUACAGUUAAUUUUGUAUUUUCUAGUCUACUAAAUAUUGAUGUACUCAUUUUUGUAAAUUUUAGGGUGCAAAUAUUUGCCUCUGCGCCAUUUCUCAUGUGUUUCAUGCGUAUCUUGUAUGUUCCAUAAGAUGGCUUUGAUCUUACUUAAGGCAUUUUAGGCAGCUUAAAUCUAAAUGUUGUAGGAUUAGGAACCUUCAUAGGGUUGUAGGAACCUUCAUAGACUCCCCUAUACUUUUCAUAGCAUCUCUUUGGGAGGCUGACAACUUCUUUUCCAGAUGUCUUCUUUUUUGUCUACUAGCAUUGGUGUAGCUGGUGUGGUUGCCUUUCUUUUACCAGUUUUAGGUGUUGAACAUUUGAACUCCAUAGUUGCACGGUAAUUUACUAGAGAGCUUAUUAAGUAGUCGAUCAUUGAUGGUGUCCACCUGAACGUCUUUUUUCUUUUGCUUUUUUCAGUUAUACCCCGGAUUACAUUUUCUGGUUCUAUUUCAGAGGAAGCCAUUUUGGAUAAACUUGUGUGUACUGCACAUGUGUUAAUGUUGAAUGUCCUGGCAAGUGCCCGGUCUUACCGGGAUGAUCUGAUGAUAUGGAAAAAAAACGUCUUGGUCAGGCGGGAUCCCGCUUUAUCAACAACGAGAUCCCGCUUGGGAAAAUUAUCUCGUCUAGCCGGGACAGGGGUGUUCUUGUCAUGUAAUUACAAAUUGGUUUUUACAAUGGUUUGACUGCAAGUGAAGGAUCUCGACGAACCUCCCGUCCCGGCUGAGCAGGACGUUUUCUCUCUUAUAAUCAAGCCCUAAAUUUGCAUUUUGAUCAGGAAAUUUAUCCCUUAUCAUCCAAACACAGCAAGAGGGAAUCACUUUCCCAUUAUGCUUUCCUAGCCUACCCCAGGCCCAUAGACAGUACUGGCGGUAAACUGUAAACCGCCAACAGGCAUUGUUGCUUCCGUCAAAGGGUAAUGAAGAUGGUCUGCAUUAUUACGUAUUGCCAACUCUAGGGUAGGCUUGAACAAGACAUGGUGCUCAAAGAGUGGGUAUUGGUGCCCAUAUUCUUUGUUCUUACAGCAAACUCUCUCUUUUUCUAGAGGCAUCUCCGUGCAUUCACCACAGACACACCACAAAGGACUCUUUUCAGAAACAGUGGACACAUCGAUUUGGACAGACAUUUCACUGACACGCUUCCAAAGGAGAUGGGACAUUUUGGCCAUAAGACAAAGGCGAUUUAUUACAUCAUCCUUCUCCAACCAAGCAUUGUUCCGGUAAAAGACGAUUUAAGCUAAGUGUCCUUUUCGAAUCUAUUACUUUGUUCCAAAUUUAAGCCCUAACAUAACCUGGAUAAAUGGAUCAAUGAAAAGCAAAUUUCUCCAAAACAUUUAGUUAUGCAGCAUUUUACUCAUUAUUUACUCAUUUGGCUUUUGUCAAUAACUUUUUUCGGCUAUAUUAUCUGAGACAUUCUUCCAUUAGCAUAAAACCUAAGGACAGCUUAAAAAAUCUGAUGACUAGAGUUAAAUCAUAUUUGAAUAUUGCUAUAAAGGUGAAAAAGAUGUUGAAAUUUUUUUUAGAAACAGCUUAAAAAGCAGAAUAUACAAAUAAAGUCUCUGUGCUUUGUAAAUAUAUACAUUCGCAAUAGCAAUUGACCAGGCAUGUGACUGUUCACCA